UGUUGAUGUUGUCGGUCAAGCCGCUACGUGGUUGUACGUUCCACAGAAUAUCGAAAGUAAACUGUACUCUAACUCCGUGACGUCCACCUUUUGCGGAUCACUCGUCUCUUAUGGUUCCUGACGUUUAAUACGUGUCGUUUUACUACUGAUGUCCAUUAAUAAUUGAAGCCAAAAGACUGUCACAAACACAAAUCAAUCACAAUGGGUUUUAAAUUUUUAGAAGUAAUUAAACCUUUCUGCAGUAUACUUCCAGAAAUUGCUAAACCUGAACGAAAAAUCCAAUUCAGAGAAAAAGUAUUAUGGACUGCAAUUACGUUAUUCAUUUUUUUGGUUUGCUGUCAAAUACCUUUGUUUGGAAUUAUGAGUUCAGACUCAGCUGAUCCUUUUUAUUGGAUUCGUGUAAUUUUGGCUUCAAAUCGAGGUACUUUAAUGGAACUUGGAAUUUCACCAAUUGUAACUUCAGGGCUUAUCAUGCAAUUGUUGGCUGGAGCUAAAAUUAUUGAAGUUGGUGAUACUCCUAAAGAUCGUGCAUUAUUUAAUGGAGCACAAAAAUUGUUUGGUAUGGUUAUUACUGUUGGUCAAGCAAUUGUCUAUGUUAUGACUGGUAUGUAUGGUGAUCCCAGUGAAAUUGGAGCUGGCGUAUGCUUGCUAAUCAUCAUCCAGUUGUUUGUGGCUGGAUUAAUUGUCUUGUUAUUGGACGAACUUUUGCAAAAAGGAUAUGGGUUAGGUUCCGGAAUAUCACUCUUCAUUGCAACUAAUAUUUGUGAAACAAUAGUCUGGAAAGCUUUCAGUCCAACAACUGUAAACACAGGACGAGGUACUGAAUUUGAAGGAGCUGUUAUAGCCUUGUUCCAUUUAUUGGCCACAAGACAGGAUAAAGUUAGAGCACUUAGAGAAGCAUUUUAUAGACAAAACUUACCGAAUUUGAUGAAUUUAUUGGCAACUGUAUUGGUGUUUGCUAUUGUAAUAUACUUCCAAGGUUUCCGAGUUGAUCUACCAAUUAAGUCUGCCAGGUAUCGUGGACAAUAUAGCAGCUAUCCAAUCAAGUUAUUCUAUACAUCUAACAUUCCUAUCAUUUUACAAUCUGCUCUAGUAUCAAAUUUAUACGUUAUAUCUCAGAUGUUGGCUGUAAAAUUCCAUGGUAACAUAUUAGUGAAUUUAUUGGGUGUUUGGGCUGAUGUUGGUGGUGGUGGACCAGCACGAGCAUAUCCAGUUGGCGGUUUGUGCUAUUAUUUAUCUCCACCAGAAAAUCUAUCUCACAUUGCAGAAGAUCCUAUUCACGCUAUUCUUUAUAUUGUAUUUAUGUUGGGAUCAUGUGCAUUCUUUUCCAAAACUUGGAUUGAAGUCUCUGGGUCAUCCGCUAAAGACGUUGCGAAACAAUUGAAAGAACAACAAAUGGUUAUGCGUGGUCACAGGGAUAACUCUAUGAUUCAUGAACUGAACCGUUAUAUACCUACUGCUGCAGCUUUUGGAGGACUUUGUAUUGGUGCAUUGUCUGUGUUGGCUGACUUUAUGGGUGCCAUUGGAUCGGGUACGGGUAUCCUGUUAGCUGUUACUAUUAUAUACCAGUAUUUUGAAAUAUUUGUUAAAGAACAAAGUGAAAUGGGUGGUAUGAGUACCUUGUUGUUCUAAAAUGUUAAUACAUUAUCGAACAGUUAAUGAAAUUGUUGAAAAAAUCAUCAAGUCCCUAUGGGACAGAACUGUUGUUGUCAUGGUCUACGCAUGACUCAAAUUUAAAUUAUUCUGAAAAUAACUUUAUUUUUAGAAAUAAAAAUUUAUUGAUAAACCGACACAGCAUUUCAAAAUAAUGUUAUUUUAAAAAUUGUCCAAAAAAAAUGUCCCCACAACAAAUUUAUAUUUAUUUGUUAUUAUUAUUAUAAUUUUUUUUUUUUGUAAAUUAUAUAAAUGUUAGUAAAUAGGAAAUUUAUAAUAUAUGAACAUUUUUUUUCUCUUAAAGCUUACGUCAUAAUAUAAAUAUAAUGUUGCAAUUGGCAACAAUUCUUCCUAAUUUUUUUAAUGUAAAUACUAAAUACUUACAGUAAGUUAAUAGCAGUAUAAUUAAGAAUAUGUUUUGAGUCAAAUGAUUAUAUUUUUUUUCUGACCAUCUCAACUAUUGUUUUGUCACUUCAUUUACUAAUGACUCAUUGCUAUAUGUUAAUAAAUAAUAAUUAAAAAAUC